AUGGCACUCACUGCAGCUCUAGGGCACAUCUGGGACCUGAUCGAGGUGGUGCCACAGCCAGAGGAGAGAUUGGAGACAAUCUACAUGUGGGUGGAGGACUGGGACAAGAUGUGGAUUCAUGACAAGUGCAUGUGUGACUACACCAAGGAAUGUGUGAUGUGCCAAAACCUUUUAGUCCCAGGUGCCAUUGCCAUUGCUGACCUCUGGUGCCCAGUGGAGCAAAGAUGGAUCCACAUUGAUGACAUCUUCAAAGACUACCAGGAGAGGGUAGAGUUGAGGGUGCAGCUUGAGGUGGAGAGGUUGACAAGAGAACCUUCUAUGUGCAUGUGCAGACAGGCAGCAAUGGUGAUAGACAAAGUUGACGAGCUGGAGAACAACAAAGGUGACUGCCCACCCAACCCUGACCUGUUGAAAACUGGUGCACUGGCACCCGAAGCCAACCUGCCAUGCAGGGAGUGCACAAAGCGUAAGAACACUGGAAGUGGAGAGACAGCUGCUGGGCUGUCACAUAAAUGGGUCAAAUCAGUAAUGCCAACUCCACCUCCAAUGGACAAUGUGGGAGACCUUGGCAAUGGUGGACUCUUUGGCAGACUGAUGGGAUUAUUGGAUGAUCCACCUGCACCCAUCAUCAGUGCACAGGAUGAGUCUGAGGGUCCCCCAGUCGAAGAAACUCCACUGGUUGCAAACCUGAGUGAAUCAACUACAUGCGAGGCUCUUGCUGAGUGCAUCCAACUGUUGGAGGGUAGGGUGGAUGACAAGGAGUUUGAGUUGACCCAGAUCCACCAGAUGCUGGGACUGUUGGUGAUGUGA